AUGGAAAAUGUAGCUCAUAUUUCUCCCUCCCGCAGGAUUGUUGCUAUGGCUAGACUCCAACCUCUUGUAACAAGUCUUGGAAGCCGUGACAAGAGUUAUUUGUCAAAGCUGAAAACACCUGGGGCUUCACUUUGUGUUUCGGAAGUUGCCUGGUGUGUCAAGACAGAUAUUUGCCCAACUUGGAUGCCAUUAGAUUCUAACGAUGAUCCGGGUCCUGGAAUUUUUGAAGGAUCCAUUAACGUGGCGAGACAGGGAAGCACGGACCUCGCCGGUGUCCUUGAGAAAGAGCUGAUUUUGAUGCAUCUCUUCAACAUCAAGCUCAGCCGCACUUACCAGAGCGCUGACUGCGACACCGAUCACUCUUUGGUAUGCAGCCAGGUGAAAUUUCAGGCAAGGAGACUUCACUGCAAAAAGAAGGAGGGCAGACCCGUAGAUGCCAGCAAGACACGAGACCAGACCAAAGUGGAGGAGUUCACUCACAAGCUAGAAGAAUCUUUUCCCGGACCACCCACUGCCAAUGCCCAAGAACGAUGGCAACACUUCAGAGAUUCCGUCUAUAAUGCUGCAAUGUCCACCUUUGGAAAGAAGACCAGCAAAUCUGCAGACUGGUUCGAGGCCCACUCAGAAGAAAUGACACCAGUCAUAAAAGAGAAGAGGAGAGCCCUGACAGUGUACAAAGUAUGCCCAAGUGAACGGAACCUACACUUUCUCCGCACUGCUCGCAGUAAGGUCCAGCUGUGCGCCAGGCGGUGCGCCAAUGACUACUGGACUCAGCUUUGCUCCCAGAUCCAGACAGCAGCUGACACGGGCAACGUCAGAGCGAUGCACGAUGGCAUUAAACAGGCACUGGGUCCGACACAAAAGAAAAGCGCUCCCUUGAAGUCCACUGCUGGUGAAGUCAUUCAAGACCGGGCUAAACAGAUGGAACGAUGGGUAGAGCAUUACUCCGAGUUGUAUUCAAGGGAGAAUGCGGUCACUGAAGAUGCCCUAGAUGCCAUCGAAUGCCUACCAGAGUUGGAGGAGCUCGACAGUGAGCCUACCAUAGAAGAACUGAGUAAGGCACUGGACUCCCUCUCUGCUGGCAAAGCACCUGGAAAUGAUGGCAUUCCUGCGGAAGUCCUGAAAUGCUGCAAAGAGACCCUCAUCAAUGAACUGCAUGAGAUUUUAUGUCUUUGCUGGCGAGAAGGUGAAGUGCCACAAGACAUGAGGGAUGCCAACAUCAUCACCCUGUACAAAAACAAAGGCGAAAGAAGCGAUUGUAACAACUAUCGCGGCAUUUCUCUUCUCAGCAUCACUGGAAAAGCCCGAGUGGUACUGAAGAGGCUGCAAGUAAUUGCUGAGCGAAUUUACCCAGAGUCACAGUGUGGUUUCCGAGCUAACAGAUCCACCAUAGACAUGGUUUUCUCCCUCAGACAGCUACAGGAGAAGUGUAGGGAGCAGAGGCAGCCACUUUACAUAGCCUUCAUCGACCUGACAAAGGCCUUCGACCUGGUUAGCAGGGACGGUCUCUUCAAGAUCCUCCCUAAGAUAGGAUGUGCACCUAGGCUCCUCAGCAUCAUCAUCAACAUGAAGGGUACUGUCGUCUUCGACGGAUCAACAUCUGAUGCCUCCAAGAUUAAGAACGGAGUGAAGCAGGGAUGCGUCCUGGCACCCACCCUGUUUGGAAUCUUCGCAGUGCUACUGAAACAUGCAUUUGGAUCCGCAACAGAGGGCAUCUAUCUCCGCACCAGGGCAGAUGGAAAGCUCUUCAACCUCUCUAGACUAAGAGCCAAGACCCAGCUGAAACACCUGCGCGAUUUCUUAUUUGCGACGAUGCAGCAGUUACACUCACUCAGCUGA